AUGCCUGAGCUAUUGGACAUGUCCACCAAAUAUGCGUGGGGUACCAAUAUUUUGGCAACCUCUCCAGCAUUCCGGAUGUUUUCCAAGGGUCGUACAGUUCAUGUCUUUGAGGAUGAGCACACAGGUCAUUCUGAGUGCAAUUUAACAGCAGACAACAAAAGAAUGGUUACGUCAUCUUAUGAUAAAACUGUGAAGGUUUGGGACAUGGAAAGUGGGAAAGUGCUUUGGUCUAUUAGUUUGGAUGGACUUGUGACAUCAUGCAAUAUAUCUCUAAAUGGCAAAUAUGUAGUAUGCAGUUUGGAUGUGCAAAAUUCUAUUUGUGUCAUUGAUUCAGCGACAGCCACAAGAAUCGAAAGUCUAAAAGAUCAUCACACAAGCACCAUAACAAGAUGUUGCUUUGAUCCUGAAAGCCAGAGAGUGUGUUCUGUCUCAUCUGAUCAGAGUAUAAAGCUAUGGGAUAUGAUAGCUAAACGCACAACUGUUAAAGUAAACAAAGGACAUUCCAAUGUGAUUUCAGACUGUGCUUUCAGCUCAAACGGUCGUUUUUUUUGUACCGCAUCGUGGGACAAAACAUUAAAAAUAUGGGACAUCAAUACUGGAGAAUUUCGUCAUAAAGGCCCAGAAGUUUUACAUAAUGUACACACAGGUUGUGUUAGUUCCUGUGCAUUUGUGAAGGAUGUGUCUCUCCUUGUGUCUGGUGGUUAUGAUAAAACUGUAGCUCUUUGGGAUGUGGAUUCAGCAUAUAAAAAGCUUGUCUUAAAGGGUCACGAUGACUGGGUGCUAGAUGUUGCUGUGAGUUCUAACAAGAAAUGGAUCUUGUCCUCAUCAAAGGAUUCUACUUUAAGACUAUGGAAUAUAGAAAAUUAUGAGAACAUUCCUGCAGUUAUUGAAAACAACAGAGUAAUUGGUUCACAAAUCAUUCAGUGUGAAGAAUGUAAGAAGCCAUUUUCUGUCUUGCAGUAUGAUGACACCAGAGUGAUCAACAGAUGUGUUUUCUGUCGCCUAGCAACCCCUGUGGCAUACACAUGCCCUUUACCCCCUGUUCCUUAGGCCCAUUAUUUAGUCACAUACUUUAACCAUGAAAUUCCUGUCUUUAACUGAGUUAAUUUUAUAUCCAGUAUGCACUUUCUGUGUAUUCAACAAUCCUAGAGAUUCAUUUUCACAAAAUUAAAAAAUAAUUAGUGUAAUAAAAA